UCUAAAGGUCAAAACUAGUGGCUGAAAGCCCCAGUUAAUGUUUUUAAUCUAAAGCCCCAGUGUAUAUAUGUCGAUUAAGUUAAUGCUACAGCCCCAAAAAUAUAUAUAGUUUAGUAUAAGUACCCAGUCCUCUAUAGCUACUUCUCUCAUCUAAGUUACAGUUUUCAAUUGUGUGGACUUGUGCACAUGCACUCGUUUUUGUAUUUUUACUCUUUUUUGUUAUGUGUUGCAGAUGUCCUCUCAAUCUCUGCAACUUGGACGAGGAAAAAUGAUAAGGAAGCCUGCUAAUGCAACAACAAGAGCAUCCAAAUCAGCUUCUCAGCUACCAUCACAACCAGCACUGAGAGCAACUUCUUAUGCAGCACCCACAACAACUGAACUGCCAUUUGAAGAGCGACAAGCUGAUCAACAUCCUACAGCUCACAACUCAGAGAAUUCCUCUACCCCUGCUGAAUUGAAAAAAACACGUGGCAAAACAACUGGGAAAGGUAUGAUUGAGAUGAUUGCUAGCAAUGGCAACAAGAAGGUGGAGAUAAUAUUUGACCAGGAGCAUUGGGUCCCAAAUACUGAGUACAGCAAUAAGAAGUUCACUACCGCUAUAGGGAUUGAGGUUUGAAGGCGAGCUCCGGUAUGUUACCGCGGAUGGAAUAAGAUUUCAGGAGAUAUUAAGAGGACACUACGAGAGGGAUUGACGGUACACUUUGACGUGGAAAUAGAAAAUCCAAAAAUUAUCUAUUUUGUGGAUGAUAAGAUGCGCUCGGCGUAUACUCAAUUCAAGUGGAAGUUGCACGAUCACUACCAAAAAUGUGGCACAUCUGUUCGGGGACGAGCCACACUUCCUCCACCUGAUCUAUGGGGUGAGAGAUCGACAGAGGAGUGGCAUUGGCUAUGUGAUGAACUCUACACCGAUCCAAAAUAUAUUGAUAAAUGCAAGAAGAAUUCAACUAGCCGAAAGAGACAAAGGAGUACGCAUCGUGGCGGAGCUAUGCCUUUCAUUCAACAUGCUUUGAGGACAGCCAAGGAGGGCAAUCCUUUGUCUUUCAUAGACAAUUGGGCAGCUAUGUAUCAAGAUUCAAAUAGCAAUUGGGUUAGUGAUGCUGCACGUGAUAAAUAUGAUCGACUGAAAAAUAAGAGAGAAGAGCAUAAGGAGAAACUAACCCUAGAGGCACCAGAGGGUACUCCACCAGAAUCUGUACAAGUUACUGCGCGUGAUGAGAUUCCAAUCAUGGCUGAAGAGUGUGGAAGGAAGGGAAAAAGAGUUCGUGGUUUAGGCUCGUUUCCUCGCAUGGAGCUUCCAACUGUUACAUCUUCAACAGCUGUGAGUUCUGAGAUGAACGUAAUGCAAGAUAAAGUUAAGAAGAUUGAAUCAACUGUGGACACUAUGCGGUCACAAAAUGCACAGCUAAUGACAAUGUUGAAGAAGUUCCUGAUGAAUAGCCAAGGCUGUUUUGCUGAUACAGAAAACAUUGACAUGAAUAUCGUAGUACCCAACAGUGAAGAAGAUGAUGUCUUUGGAAGAGAUGAAGACGGUGUCCAAAACAAUGGAGAUAAUUCUGAAACAGAGGAUUUGGAGGAAGAUUUGUGAUUCAUAAAGUCAUUUUUAGUAAUUUUUGGAUUAGGAUUUAGCUAGUCUAGCUUGGCAAACAAUUUUUGUUUUUAUUAGCUAUUAUUAUU